UAGUGAUGAACAGUAAACCGAGUAACAAAGAUUAAGUACUCUAUCUGAUAUACUCGAACUCUCCAUCGAUAAUGUUUCGAUUGAACAAGUUUUGUUACGUUGGGAUCUUAUGCGUGACACGCAUGCUCCUUAACAUUAUUACCUAACGGCUCGCAUGUACUUCGCUUUGUUUUGCGACUCGGAUCUUUUGACACGGUGUCAGGAGUAAUAUAUGGGUAGUUUUGACAAGCCUAGCGCUUUGAGUCUCGACACAAACACAUCAGAAAAUUGGCGGAGAUUGAAGUAGCAGUUUGAUAUCUACUUAACUGCUUCGGGAAAAGAAAAGAAAGACGAUGCGGUCAAGAUUGCCUUAUUGCUAAACUUUGCAGGAGAAGACGCCAUUGAGGUCUUCAAGUUUGCCGAAGGCGACGAGAAAAAGCUGUACAAAGUCCUUGAGCAGUUUGAGCAAUACUGUAACCCCAGGAAGAACGUAGUGUUCGAGAGGUAUUAGUUUUAGCAGAUAACACAGAAAGAUUCCGAAACUGUGGAUCAGUUUGUCACACGUUUGAAAAACAAAGUGAAAUCUUGCGAGUACCCGUUGCCGGUUGAUGAAAUGUUGCGAGACAAGUUCGUGUUUGGCAUACGAGAUCUACAAGUGAAGAAACGAUUAAUGAGAGACGAGAGACUUACACUGAAAAAGCGAUUUCUAUGGCAAGAUCGUCCGAGGCUUCGAAAGAACAGAUUAAAGCGAUGGGUCCGUUGGAGCAAAACAAUGCAAAUCCGACCGUGAAUAAAAUUCGAGCAGGCGGCGGCGACAGAUUGAAGAAGAACCGUUCACGUAGCCAAAAACCGGGUUCGGGCUCACAAAAAGGAAACUGCACGUUUUGAGGUUCUCCUCACUCGUGGAGCUCUUGCCCUGCCUUUUGAAAAACGUGAGACUACUGCCAGAGGAUGGAUCAUUUUGCGAAUGUUUUCCGGAAGCGACUCAGUGUGGGAUUUUGGCUGGAAAACAGUACGCGCAGUCGUUGAAUCGGACGGCAGUGAUAACGAAGCCGAUUUGCUGACCUUUUCAGUGGAGUUUAGUGCAGAAGGUCCUUCUAAAGAUGAGUGGCACGUCUCGCUCAAGAUCUGUUGCCCUUCGCGAACCUCUUAGAGAAGAGCUUCGGAGAAUGGAAAAGCUGGGAGUUAUUAAGAAAUGUAAAGAGCCCACUGCCUGGGUACAUAGUGUUGUUGCCGAGAAGAAGAAUAACAAACUCAGAGUGUACAUGGAUUCUAGCGACAUCAAUCAUGCCGUCAUGCGCGAACAUUUUCCCAUGCAUAUCGUGGAAGAUGUGAUUAGCAGAAUGCCCAGUGCAAAAGUUUUAAGAGUCCUUGAUGCUAACCAUGGCUUUUGGCAGGUUAAACUAACCACGGACAGUAGUAAGUUAGCUAUCUUUAACACCCCAUUUGGCCCUAAUGGUUAUACAAGUUUACCAUUUGGGAUAGCAUCCACCCCAGAUGUGUUCCAAAAUGUUAUGUCUCAUUUGUUUCAGGACAUUGAAAGUGUUGAGGUAAUUAUGGAUGAUCUGAUUAUGUGGGGAAAAGAUGUGGAGCAGCAUGAUGUGAGGCUUAGACAAAUAUUGGACAGCUGCCGUGAUCGUAACCUCAAGCUUAACAGGGAGAAAUGCCAACUACCUUUAGCUGAUACGCUCUCCAGAGCAUACUUACCCCACAACGCUACAGACCAACCUGAUGAUUUUGAAAUUCAUGUCCUGAACUCUGGACAUUUGUCAGAGACGAUAUUUCACAAAUUGAGGGACGAGACUAAGAGUGACCCUGAACUUCAACAGUUGCAGAAAGUUGUCAUGGGUGGUUGGCUGCAGACCAAAGUAGAGACACCAGUUGAGACAAGACCUUACUGGAACCACCGAGAUGAAAUUAGCUGCUACGAGGGGUUAUUGUUCAAGGGUGAUCGCAUAAUUGUUCCCCAUAGCCUGCGACCCGAAAUACUUCAAUGCAUACACGCCGCUCACUUGGGGAUAGAGAAGUGCAGAGCGCGAGCCCAGAGUGCAGUGUUUUGGCCAGGUAUCAAUGGUGCAAUCGACGAGUUGGUAUCCAAGUGCAAUACCUGUCAGCAACACCAACGAAGCAACCAGAGAGAGCCUUUGAUUUCUCAAGAGACCCCUGAGAGAGCCCGGGUGACAGUUGCAGCAGACAAAUUCUACUGUAAAGGGAGAGGCUACCUGCUUUUAGUUGACUAUUUCUCCAAUAUCCUGAAGUAGCCCGCCUCUCCUGUAAGAAUAGCGAAGCAGUUAUCCUGGCCAUGAAAGAUAUGUUUGCACGUCAUGGAAUCCUUGAGAGGCUAAUCGCAGAUAACAUGCCGUUCAAUAGUGUGAAAUGUAAGGACUUUGCCAGUAACUGGGAGAUAGAAGUGGUAACCUCAAGUCCACACUACCCGAAAUCUAAUAGUCUAGUGGAAAUAAACGCACAGAUCGUUAAGCAGUUACUAAGGAAAGCUGAUGAGUCAAAACAGGAUGCAUUCCUCGCUUUAUUAGAGUUCCGUAAUUUCCCUAUCAGUGGAAUGGAUGAAUCCCCAGCAGAAUUUCUUAUGAGUAGGAAGCUUAGAACAAGACUGCCAACUUCGAAGAGCCUCCUUGAACCACAGCCUAGGUCUCCUCAAAUUUGUUAUAAUCUGCUGACACGUCAACAAGAUCAGAAAAUACUCUAUGACCGCGGCACUCGGCCACUUUCCAAACUACACGAAGGCGAACCUGUGCGAAUGAACCAGGGACUGGAAUGGACACCUGCAGUGGUCAUCCGACAUUACCCGACUCCUCGUUCUUACAUUGUAGUGACCCCUGAUGGAACCCAGAUGCGUCAAAACCGUUUUCAUCUUCAACCGACCAAGGAGGAGGCACCUCCAGUCCCAUCCCCAGCACCAAGCCCAGCAUGGGUAGUAGGACGCAGUGAUGAGCCAAAUUCUUAUAUGCAACCAAGUACUGAUGCUGGUCUCGAAACGCCAGAUGGAAUCACAGCCCGAUACCCCGCAAGAGUAUCAACCCGUAUGAAGAAGUCUACGGGUCCGCAGACCACCACAGCGUCUUAUAGAAACUGCAUAGUGAUGCUGCCAAGCUGAUCACAAAUUUAAGCUAAAAGAACCUUUGGGUGAUUUUGUAGUCGUACUCACUCGGAACCUUUUGGACUCAGACGUCCAAUCAGAACAGUCCAAGUGGAGAAUUAAAUCGAUGACUUUAGUCAAGACGCAGUGGAAAUACUGAGUAUGGAGAGUGGAACGGAGCGAAAUUAGAGGCAGUAAAAGAACAUUGACCAAUCUUACCUGGCAGAGCAAUUUGAAUUUGGUACAGCUGAUGAAUCCUGAACCAGUCAUGAAUAGGAAUACCCCUGGAGCAGAGGCAUUUCCUCCUGAGGAACUUGACAAAAGCAACUAUUAUUCUGUGGCUGAAAAAUAUUUGCAAGGGGCAAAGAAAGUGAGCAAGAAGCUGAAGCAUCCAUCACCUGGUUCAUAUUUCACUACAAGUAAUGAAAGGCACCUAAAACAAACUGAAGAAGAAGCUGAGGGACCCUUCACCUUCGUUUGUUUUGAUGGUGUUGGAGCUGUGAGAGAUGUUGGCCUUGUGAAAAAUUGUAUCAAGAAAGAAUUUCGUAAUGGUAUGUACCACCAUGUAAGAGAUUGCACAACUCUGUUGAAAGUCCUCCUCAAAACUAAAGUUCAUGCUCAGCCUAGUAAGUCAGGAGAGGUUCGUUUAUUUUGUAAAUUAUAUGUCCAACUUCCCAGUCGAAAAUUUCAUCACAGUCUUCAAGGCCCCAUACGAAACAAAGCAGUGACCAUAGCUUUAGCAAUGGAUCAGCUUUAUUUGCUUCAGAAUAGAAUGUGUAGAAAAUUUGAUUACUUCACAACAUUGGGACAAUUGCAAGUUGCCUUCAAAGUUUCCCCAGUUGAUGCUUUGGUAAAGUUGAGUAAAGAAAACUUUACACAAUUGCGAUGUAGAUUGCAGGCAGAAAGCUGUUUUGCAGAACAGUCCAACAAGGUCAAUGGUAGCUUAAUUACGGUUAAAUCUGAAAAUGAAAAUGAAACUUGCACACCCAACCUUCAGUGCAUUAGUGAUGGGCAGGUUAGUAAAUCUCUUUUAUCAGUUGGCUCAGCAUCAUCUCUGAACUUGAUUUCAUCAAGUCCUACAUGUUGUGAUGCAAACACAAUACCAGAUUACCCUUUAUGGAGGUCACCAUCUGUAUUUGGAGAAAAAUCUGUUGAAUUGACAGAGAACACUUUUCAAGAGGGAUAUGCUAAUGUCAGGCCUUUGUUUGAGAGUUCAGCAAAGUUACAGGCUGAGUUUAAUGGGAUUUCAAGUAAAGAAGGUUUACUGUCACGGGAAGAAAAAAUUGUGGUUGUACAUGAUGGUGUGGAACAGAGCUACCAAGAGUUGAAACGGAGUGAACAGCUGAAUUGUACAUGCCCUUGUUGUCUAAAAAACAGCAUUGUUGUCAGCCAGUUGCAGAGAUCCAAUGAUAUUAUCAAUGCUACUAACAGCCUUGUCAGCCAGUUACAAGAUGAAGUUGCUGUCUAUCAGGAUCGUUGUCACAAACAAGAGGAUGAAAUAAAUCAACUGAAAGAGAAAUUGACUCGAAUGGAGGAAGAGAAACAAGGACUUGAAGCUGAGGUGGGAAGACAGUUGUUCCUUGAAAGUAAAGAAAAGCGUCGCAAGUUGCUAAAUGAACGUGCACAAGAGCAGAGUACACUUGAUGCAACCAGAGGGACAUCUUAUGAAGGGGAACUACCUCAUGGUGCAGGUUAUAUGGACAGAUCAGAACAACUCAAAACUUUGUGCCAUGGAAAUGGUGAAUUAUCAGAGAGAGUUACUUUCUCUUGUGCAGAAGGAAAUCAGAUGCGUGAAGGGCCUCAAAGGUCAGAUAAUGUAGCUGAUGAAACCUCUGAUGAAUCGAAAGAAUACAGAGAAAGCAAUGAAAGUACUGUUUGUAACUAUUCCAGUGGAAAAGCAUUUAACAGUGAUGAUGGUGGUUUGACUUCCUUUAAUUUAAAUGCAGAUGAUUUACCUGACUCAAGUUCUAUGACAGGCAUUAGUAAUUCAAGGUUAUCAAGUUGUGGUUCAGUUUCUUGCUUGUCACAGUCAUCAACUAAUUCUGUUAAUGAUGUGCUGCCAUCAACUGGAGAUUUAUACUCGUGCUCAAUUACUACGCCACUAAAUUUUAAUCAAACUGCAAAGGCUUGGGAGAGCUCAGGUGAUGUCUCAGGUAGUGGAAAGGAGAACCAAGAAAGGUCUCUGUCAUCAUCCAUGGCAUAUGAACAUUUUGAAAGGAAAGAGCUGAAGAAACAGUGUCCUGCAAAUGGUGAAAGAGAAACAGAAGACCUUGAUAGCUUCAAUGAUUUUUGGAAUGGUGAUCUUGUAGAUGGUGCUGUCAGUAUUCCCAAUAGAAUUCAAGGUAGUUUUAAUCUGGAAGAGGUUCCUUGUGAAAAUCAAAGUCCUAUCCCAUAUAGAGAUACAACUCAGAAGCAAAAUCUCUCAGCUGCAAGGUUUGCUGACCAAAUAGACACAGUGAUAGAUGAGUCUGAUUGUUACACAAGCAAUCAGUCCAAUGAAUGGGAACAUUCUGGGGCCAGACCAAGAGACAGACCCCCUAAAGGAAGCAGAUCAUUAGAACCAACUUUGUCCUACUCCUUACUGGUUGACCUGGUUCCUCACCAAGUUGCAGGAGUGGCCAAUACAUUCUUAGCAAGACAUUCUGAAGACAAACAUCUUCAUGAAAGUGUGUAUUACAAUCAUGCAGAGAAGAUGUUGGUGGAAGAUGUUUCAUUACAAGGAGCUUAUUCUCAUAUAGAGGGCAUGACAAACUUGGCCAACUUUAACAGAGCAAAACUGUACCCCGGUGACUAUCAAGUUGCUCUAAGGCCAGACCCAACAUAUUGCCCAUCAUAUUCCUCAGGAGCAUCUAUCAGAGGGAAUGGUGAAGAUGGAAACCCAUUUAAUAAUACACUUAAUGGUAAUUCAGUACUUCUACCAGGACCCUCCUAUAGUUAUAUUGGAGCUAAUAUAAGUACAAACAGUAACUUUAACUCAUUUAAUUUAGGAUUAUUGGCAAGUUCAUCAGUUAAUGCUCAAAUUAAUGAUAACCAGCCUAGUGCUUCAACAGAUUUCCCAACUUCAUCUUUAGGGGCAAGGGCUAAUGGAUCAGACAGUAGACUUUUAUCUGAGUUAGAAGAUGGUAGAAAUACUUGUUUGCCACUAGUCUCAUCAAGUAGGGAUAGUGUGAAUACACAUGGACAUAGGAGCUCAAACAAUGCAUUGAACACAACUGGCAAUCAUUUAGCCUCUGGAACCCAUAGAGAAGGAAAUGGUAAUGUUGCCUCUUCGGGCUCUUUCUUAACAUCUGGUGCUAACACAGGAGGAAAUCAUGAUCAACACUCUGAUUUGUCUGAGGGUUCAGCACCCAACAGGAACUAUGGCACCGAGUCAAUGGAGUCCACUGACAACUCCUUGCUCGAAUUGGAACAACGUGUGAAAGAAACAUGCACUAUGGUUGAAAGAGUGCUACGAGAAAGAGAAGAGUUUGGCCGAGAAAUUGAAAGAAAAGAGUAUGAAAUACGAGCAGAAAGAGCACGAAAGAAGAGAGAAAGAGAGGCAAGGGAGCUCGAGGAAGCCAGAGGAUGGCCUCAACAGCAGGAACCAGUGACUGGACAGUCUUUGUGGCUUUGUGAACAUUACCAACGUCAUUGUAGAGUUCGUUUUCCUUGCUGUACCAACUUCUAUUCAUGUCACCGUUGCCAUAACAACUCCAAAGAAUGUGACAAUGAGGAAGCUAAAGCAAGUCAUGCAACUCACCUUAAAUGCAGCUAUUGUCAUCAUGAACAAGAGAUUGGUGAAGACAGUGCCAAGUGCCGUAGCUGUGGAGCAAAGAUGUCGGCGUAUUUCUGUGGAAUCUGCAAGCAUUUCACAAGUAUAGACAAAAACCCUUAUCACUGUGAUAAAUGCGGGAUAUGUAGGAUACACAAAGAUAAGUCUUUUCAUUGUGAUGUGUGUAAUGUGUGUCUUGAUAAACGUCUGCAAGGAAAACACAAGUGUAGACCAGAUUCUGGCCAUGAUGAAUGUUGUAUUUGUCUUGAGGAUGCAUUUAGUGGAUGUCAAAUUUUACCUUGUUCCCACAAAGUCCAUCGGGAAUGCGCAAUAGCUAUGAUACAAAACGGAAUUCGAACCUGUCCAGUUUGCCGACAUCCCCUAUACAGCCCAGCUCCUGAUUGAUUCCUCCUUUUUGUGGAAGUUUGUGGUGUGAGUCAAACAACAGACCCUGCUGAAAAGGAGGGAAUGCUCAUAGUCUGUGCAGUGAAAAUUUACAUUUAGGCAUUCUCCAACAUUGGUUUUAAGACAGAAGGGAACUACUGUAUGUUUCAAAUUCUACACUGACCACAGAUUUGAAAGACAAGUGCACCUUACAGCAAAUGAAAUGCAAAGGGACAGAAUUUUCCAAAUUUCUUUGGAAGGAUUAAGGAAAUCACAGCCCAGUGAAGCCUGUCCCUUGAAGAAGCCAAGUAAGCUUUUCUUGGUCUUAAGACUUAUUUUUGUAUGUGCAUUGGUAAAUAUGCCAUACCAUUAUAACUGGGCAUUAUAUUAUGCAGUUUAAAAAAUAUUUUGUGGCUUCUAACAGGAUUUGUAUCUAUCGAUCAGCUAUCAAUUUAUCAAAACCAAUGAUAGUGUUAAUGGGCCUUAUGUGCCAAAAAUUGCUUUUUUUCCUGAUUAGUUUGUUCAUGAUAAGACUUCGCUAUUUGAAUACAAAUUCUUUGUAGUGUGCGAUCAUGUGCUAACCGCUCAACUGACUGAUGCAUUUGUUGAGAUUUACAACAAUCUCUUGCACUUGCCAGGCUAUUCUAAAGAAAGGCAGUGAAUGUUAUUGUUACUGCAGAUUGUGUUUAAUAUUAAGGCAACAAUCUCCACAUAAUUAUUUGUGGUUUUGGAUGCAUUUGAGUUUCCAUCAUGUUUUUCUAAUAAUCCUUUCUUGUACCUCUUUUAAGGCCAUAAAUUUAUCAGGUGUCUGAAGGGACAGACAGCAUUUAGGCAUUCAUAUUUCUUUUUUUUUGUUUUUAAAUGUUAAGCUUGAUUAUCAGUUGAACCAAAAUGCCUUUAGUCACUGAUUUAACUCUUAACUAUUGUAUUGAAGGAAAAUUGUCUCCUUUUCACAAUUUUGAAAAAGGUGCAAAACCAAAAAUAAAAAUUAAAUAUAAAAAGUUAUUUUUUAUUAAUAUAUUAUGGAAUUAGAUUAAUAUACUUUUAUGAAUAAACUCCUUAAUGAUUUUGUCUAAAAUUUUUCUAUGUGUUAAUAGUUCUUCACUGUUGUCAUUAAACAGAAUGUUGA